AAAUAAUAUAUAGGCUAAUCUGGCAAUAUCUUUUGUGAAAAGUAUAAACAGUCGGUGUCAUCAUUAAGCAUACAAUGUAUAUAAUACUUCUGUGAGUUGAAUAUGCAAUCUUUUGACGAAUUUCUGAAUGCUUAAAAGAAAUCAAAUAUAUGAUUUCAGUCUACAAGAUAUUAAUUUGGAGUGGUAGUUUUUCCCAAAGCGCCUGAAUGCAGCACCAGGUCGGUUUCUACGGCAACGCCUGCCAACAGAGAGGAAGAUGGUUUACAUCACAGAGGACAUUGUCCGUCGGCGGGCUGAGCACAACGAGUGUGAGAUCUUCUCCCUGGAGGAAGUUUCUCUGCAUCAGCAGGACAUCGAGAGGAUCGAGCACAUCGACAGGUGGUGCCGGGACCUGAAGAUCCUCUACCUGCAGAACAACCUCAUCCCCAGGAUCGAGAAUGUGGGUCGCCUGAAGAAGCUGGAGUAUUUGAAUCUGGCCUUGAACAACAUUGAAGUCAUUGAAAACCUUGAAGGUUGUGAGAGUCUGCAGAAACUGGAUCUGACUGUGAAUUUCGUGGGUCGUCUGAGCAGCGUGGCGUCUCUGAAGAACAACGUGCACCUCACAGAGCUCUUCCUGGUGGGGAACCCCUGCUCUGAGUUUGAGGGCUACAGGCAGUAUGUGGUGGCCUCUCUGCCCCAACUCAAGUGGCUGGACGGGGCGGAGAUCAGCCGCUCAGAGAGAAUCCGAGCCUCUCAGGGACUGGAGGAGGUGAAGAGACGAGUGUGGGAGCAGGAGCAGGAAUACCUGAAGAGGAGAGCCAGGGAGAAAGAGGAAGCACAGAGGAAGGAGGCAGGAGAGGAAAUAGGAAACAAGGAGAGGAAACCAGGCUUCAAUGGCCGCUGGUACACCGACAUCAACAACACAGUUCCAGAGCUCGAGGAGAAUAAGGAGAAUAAGGAGAACCAGGAGGCGGAGGAGAACACGACAAGUACUGACUGGGAUGAAGCUCAGCGGGAGAAAGAGUUCUGGCACACGCCGUGUUCAUUCACCCCUGAAUCUCGUCUGGAGGCUCACCGCCACCUGGAGGAGAAGAGAAAGGCAAAGGAGAAGAAGGAGGAGAAGAAGCAGAAGGCCCCGAGGACGCUGAUCACCGCUCACGGACGAGUCAUGAAUGUCAACGAGCCAAAGCUGGACUUUAAUCUCACUGAAGAUGAAGAAAACAACACGAUUGUCUUGGACCUGGGAGUGUUCAGACACAUGGACUCCUCUGUGAUCGACGUGGAUGUUCAGCCAACGUACGCCAGAGUCGCCAUCAAAGGAAAGAUAUUUCAGAUGGUUCUGCCUGCUGAAGUGAAGCCAGACAGCUCGACAGCUCAGAGGUCUCAGAGCACGGGACACCUGCUCCUCACCAUGCCCCGGGCUGAAGGUGAAAUCAAAGUGACAAAGUCUGUCCCACGUCCGCCCAGAUCGCGUCAGUCCAGAUGCAGCGGCUCGUCUGAGGACAAUAAAAGCAGCAGUAAUGUUCCUGAGCGGUUGGAGGUGGACCCCAGCAGCCACGCAGCCAUCGACCUCGCCAACAUCGUAUCUAGCCAGAGGUCCUCAGAAUCAGAAGGUCCUCUGGAGACCUCCAGGACGGCUCCGGCUGCCCACACAGGUCACACCAGCUUCUCUCAGGGGUUCGUGGACGACCCUGAUGUCCCCCCACUCAUCUAAGACUCACAAAUAACAUGACCUCUAAGGAUGGACACAACUAAGCCUUGUUUUUGAGACUUUCAUUGGGGUAAAAAGACGGAAUCACCUCUACCACGUCCAGUAUGUGUCAAAUUAACAACCUGGUCU